CGGCGCGUGGCGGACGGCCGGCUGGGGCUGGGCCGCGGCUCCAUCAACGUCAGCGCCGUGCGCGAGACCGACGCCGGCCUGUACCGCUGCCGCGUCGCCUUCCCCAACCGCACGCCGCCCGAGCGCAACAACGGCACCUUCUACCGCCUCGACGUCGACGGCGGGAACCUGAUCGUGACGCCGCCGAUGAACGUGACGGUGCUGGAGGGCGCGCGCGCGGAGCUGGAGUGCCUGCCCAAGAGCCGCGCGUGGGAGGUGGCGUGGUUCCGCGACGGCGCGCCCGUGGAGCGCCUGCCCGAGCUGGCGGCGCGCGCGCAGCUGGCGCCCAACGGCAGCCUGGUGCUGCGCGCCGCCGCCAGCGCCGACCCCGGCCGCUACGAGUGCCGCGUGCGCGACGCCGCCGGCCAGCAGCAGGUCGCCAGCGCCUACCUCGACGUGCAGUACAAAGCGAAGGUGGUGUACUCGCCGAAGGAGCAGUACCUCCCGUACGGCAAGCCGGCCAGCCUGGACUGCCACUUCAGCGCCAACCCGCCGCUCACCAACCUGCGCUGGGAGAAGGACGGCUUCCUCUUCGACCCCUACAACGUGCCCGGCGUGUUCUACAGCCGCAACGGCAGCUUGCUCUUCAACCAGGUGGACGAGUCGCACGAGGGCGAGUACUCGUGCACGCCGUACAACGCGCUGGGCUCGGAGGGCGCGUCGCCGGGCGUGCGCGUGCGCGUGCAGCGCCCGCCCGCGCUGGCCGCGCGCCCGCGCCCGCUGUACGUGGCGCGCCUCGGCGACGCGCUCACGCUGCCCUGCGCGCUCGAGGCGCGCCCGCACGACCUCCCCGCCACGCUCCGCUGGACCAGGAAAGACGGAAGCGAGUUGCCCGUGGGCCGUUAUUCGAUCACGGACGGUAACCUGACGAUAUCGGACAUCGCGGAGGAAGACCGCGGCGUGUACGUGUGCUCCGCGCGCAACGACGCCGCCGCCGUGGCCGUGGAGGCCGAGAUCCUCGUCGAGAACGUGCCGCCGCGGGCGCCCUACAACCUCACCGCGGCGCCCGCGCUCGACUCGGUGCACCUUUGUUGGGUGCCAGGUCACAACGGCCUGGAGGUGGACUACACGGUGUGGUACCGCGAGCGCGCGGUGAGCGAGUGGCGCACCAUGCGCAUCCUGUCGCGCGGCGUGACGGACGCCACGCUGGUGGGGCUGCGGCCCGGCGCCGACUACGAGGUGCGCGUGCUCUCGCAGGACCACAUCGGCGAUGGACUCUUCAGCAAACCUAUCUUCGUGCGAACUUUGGACCCCGAGACGGCGGAGACGGGCGCGACGGCGUUCGCGGCGGCCACGGAGGCGACGGCGGCGGCGGGGGCGGCGGCGGCGGGCGAGCUGCAGGUGUGGGCGCGC